CUUGCCUGGUGGCUGACAUAUAUUUAAGGGCAAAUCCAUACGGGUCUUCUCCUUCUACCAUUGCAGUCUUGCAGAAACAUCUCCUCCUUUUCGCUAAACAUCUCUUACUUCUAUCCACGACUUCCUUGCUGGGUGUAGGAUGUUCUUGGCUCUUCCUGCCGACUUCAGCCCAUCACAGUGAAGCCUUCCACUGAUCAAUUAUUCUGCAGGUAGUAACCAUAAUCUUUUUUGCAUAUCUGAAGACCUGAAGAAGAGAAGCUCCAAACAGCAGCAAUGGCUUGCUUUCCGGUGUUCCGGAGGAAGAAGAAUUCCAGGAGCCAAAUUGUGCAGCACGGCCAAGUCCAUCCGAUUCUGUUCGCAGACAUCCCAAUUGCCGGGAACGUGAAAAUCUACUCAUCCAAGGAGAUGAGAAAAGCCACAAGAAAUUUUAGCCCGAGAAACAUACUUGGGCAGGGUUCUUUUGGCUGCGUCUACAUGGGAAAGCUGCAAAACGGAGAGAAAGUUGCUAUCAAGGUGCUCUCCUCGCAGUCGAGGCAAGGAACGAAGGAGUUCUUGAACGAGCUGAGUGUCAUAUCCAACAUAACCCAUCACAACCUUGUGAAAUUACACGGCUGUAGUGUCGAUGGAGGACAGAAGAUGCUGGUGUACAAUUACCUAGAGAAUAACAGCCUAGCACAGACGCUCUUUGGCAAUGCCCACAGUGGCAUCGUAUUUGACUGGAAGACACGAGUGAAGAUCUGCAUCGGCGUCGCCGAUGGGCUCGCUUACCUUCAUGAGGAAGUCCGGCCACCGAUUGUCCACCGGGACAUCAAGGCGAGCAACAUUCUACUUGACAGCAACCUGAGCCCCAAGAUAGCAGACUUCGGGUUGGCAAAGCUCUUCCCCGGCAGCAUGACACAUAUCAGCACCAGGGUUGCAGGAACACUAGGAUAUCUGGCACCGGAGUACGCGAUCCGAGGCCAGCUGACAAAGAAGGCCGACGUCUACAGCUUUGGAGUUCUGCUGCUGGAGAUUAUCAGUGGCAGAUGUCACACUGACCCCAGAUUGCCUCUUGAAGACCAGUACCUCCUAGAAAAGGUGUGGACGCUCUACGAGUCCACUGAUCUUGACAGCAUCAUUGACAGGACCUUGAAGCGCGAUUUUGACAACGAGGAAGCACAUCGGUUGCUGAAAAUAGGGCUCCUGUGCACCCAGGAUACCUCGAAGAUCAGGCCCUCCAUGUCGACGGUCGCCAAGAUGCUGAAAGGUGAGUGCGCCCUCAGUGACAGGAUCAUGAGGCCGGGCCUGAUCACAGAUGUUAUGGACCUGAAAAUCCGGACAGUAGAGGCGGUUCAGUUAAGUUUAUCUCCAUUUAUGUCUCCUGCUGCAGAGAGCAACUCACUGGUGUCCACACUUGCAUUAGCUGGUAGCACUGUGGUAGAGAAGAGCCCCUGAUGGAAAGUCUGCAAUCUGAAGGAAAAGAUGCCUGAGAAAAAAAUCAGCUGUAAAUUGGAAGGAUAGUGUUUUCAGUUUGCCAGUUAGUACAUUGUAAGAAUGUCAGUUUAUAUAUAUGACAUCCUAGUUUGAUUACCGACAAUAGAGGUUCUUGAGUAUACAAGUUUCAGUUGCAAAUCAGAUAUUAAUUCAAA